AUGCGGUCCCUCUCCGCCAUUCCAACGUUCUCCACUCUGAUCUUACUACUCCGCUUUGGACAAAUUACGAUCGCAAAUCCCUUAGCACUCGACCAAGCCGCCCUUGAACUUGAGCAAAACGCCCUCGAAAAGCGGUGCUCGAACCCAUGCGGAUACAAUGACUGGCUCUGUUGUGGUGCCAGCGACGCCUGCAGUACCAACGCCGCCGGCCAAGCUGAAUGUUCAUCCGGCACGGCUACCGACAGUAGCUGGAAGUACUACACAACUACCUACGUGGUCACGGAGACCGAUCGAACUACCAUCACCUCGGUCUGGAGCAGUCAAAUUGCAAUCCCCACGUCCUCUUCAACUUGCAGAUAUGACCUUGGCGAGGAACAGUGUGGCACUUCCUGCUGCGACGCAGCACAGGAAUGUGUGGAUGGCCAAUGUGUGGCCGAGAGUUCAUCUGCCCUUGUGACUGGGGCCGAAGCAACGGGAACGGCGAGCCCUGGUGUACGAGAAACAAGCAGUGGCGCAUCAACAGUCACGGCGACCGCAGCGGCCACCACCACCCAGGGAUUCAUCGCACCCGUUGGAACAGACGGAGCCGACCUGCUCGGAGCUAAGGCCACCAGCAACAACGGUGGACUGAGCGGUGGUGCAAUUGCAGGAAUCGUGAUCGGUACCAUUGCGGGUGUGAUCUUGCUUCUGCUCCUCUGCGGCUGCCUGUGCUUCAAGAGUGCCCUGGACGCACUUCUCGCAGCCAUGGGCAUCAAGAAGCGCCGUAGACGCGAGACAGUCGUCGAAGAAAGAUACUCGCACCACUCACAUACCAGUCGUCCUCGGCCGGCGGGUCGCAUCUGGUUUGGAUCCAGACCUGCAGCCGCCGCAGGAACAGAGAGCUCAGUGAGCGAGAAGAAAUCCAAGUGGAGUGGCUGGGGCACAGUGGCCAUUGUCCUCGGAGCACUUGCGCUCUGCUUGGGAUUGAAGAGACACAAGGACCGGGAAAACGACGACGAUGAUAAGACCAGUUACACCUACCCGAGUUCGUAUUAUUAUUACUCGGACUACACGCGGAGUAAGUCCACCAUCCUUACAAGGUCCAGGAAGGACAGUACUGACUUUUGUCACAGGUAG